GGUAACCGGAGCCGGGAGCCGCGUCCACGCCUGAAACAGGAAGCCAGGGCCCGUGCAUGAGCCGCCGAGAGCCGCCGGGUGGCCGGGCCGGAGGAUGGAGGAGCAGCGGGCGCUUGCAGCCGCCAAGGACGGGGACCUGGCCACCCUGAAGCUGCUGUUGGAGGCCGGCGCCCUGGGCCCGGGCAUCGUGGACGCCCUGGGGGCCGGCCUGGUGCACCACGCCACCCGGGCCGGCCACCUGGCCUGCGUCAAGUUCCUGGUGCAGGAGGCCAAGCUGCCCGGCAGCCAGCGGGCCCACAACGGGGCCACGCCGGUGCACGACGCCGCGGCCACGGGCAGCCUGGCCGAGCUGCGCUGGCUGGUGCGCGACGGAGGCUGUGGCCUGCAGGACCAAGAUGACGCAGGGGUGUCCCCGCUGCACCUGGCCGCCCGCUUCGCGCACCCUGUGCUGGUGCAGUGGCUGCUCCGGGAGGGCCACGCAGCCACGCUGGAGACGCGGGAGGGGGCCCUGCCUCUGCACCACGCGGCCGUCAGCGGGGACCUGACCUGCCUGAAGCUCCUGGCCGCCGCCCAUAGCAGCGGCGUGAACCGGCGGACACGCAGCGGGGCCUCCCCGCUCUACCUGGCCUGCCAGGAGGGCCACCUGCACCUGGCGCAGUUCCUGGUGAAGGACUGUGGUGCCGACGUGCACCUGCGCGCCCUCGACGGCAUGAGCGCGCUGCACGCUGCCGCCGCCCGUGGCCACUACUCGCUUGUCGUCUGGCUGGUCACGUUUACCGACAUUGGCCUGACGGCCCGGGACAACGAGGGGGCCACGGCCCUCCACUUCGCAGCACGAGGCGGCCACACACCCAUUCUAGACCGGCUCCUGCUGAUGGGCGCCCCCGUCAUGACAGACUCCUGGGGUGGGACCCCCCUCCACGACGCAGCAGAGAACGGGCAGUUGGAGUGCUGCCAGACUCUGGUCUCCCACCACGUGGACCCUUCCCUGCGGGAUGAAGAUGGUUACACAGCGGCCGACCUGGCAGAGUACCACGGACACCAGGACUGCGCCUGCUUCCUGCGGGAGACGGCCCAGCCGGUGCCGCUCCUGAUGACGCCACCGCCACCACCGUUUCCCCCGCCUCCGCUGUCGGCUGCGAGGCACUCCCCGGAGGAUGCGAUGAGGGGCUCGGGCCUCAGGAGCCCCAGCUUGUCUCCCAGCCCAGCCUGGCCUGGCCAGCAUGACCGGCCUCUCCCGAGGGAGCAGAUGACCUACUCAGCGCCCCCAAGCAUCACCACCAGCGCCACCACUGUCCCCGAGGGAGGGCAGAUGGCGGCGGGGGACGCCCCGGACUGCCCGGCGGCGCUGCAGCUGCACAGGCCGCCCUCGGGCGACCUCGACGGGCUGGUGCCCACGCAGGACGAGCACGGCAGGCCAGUCCCCGAGUGGAAGCGGCAGGUGAUGGUGCGGAAGCUGCAAGCACGCCUGGGCGCAGACCCGGCACCCCAGGCCCAGGACGCCGGCGGGGGCGCGGCGGAGGCGGCCUGGCGGUACUCGCACACGCACCAGGCCAUCCUGGGCCCCUUCGGGGAGCUGCUGACGGAGGACGACCUGGCGCACCUGGAGAGGCAGAUCGCCGAGCUGCAGCUGCGCCGCCGCUGCCAGGAGUACGAGAGCGAGCUGGGCCGCCUGGCGGCCGCGCUGCAGGCCCUGCUGCCCGCGCCCCUGGUCAGCAUCACCGUCAACAGCCGCUUCCUGCCGCGGGCGCCCGGCCCCGACGGCGAGGAGGCCCCCGCGCCGGCGGCCCAGCCCGAGGGCGCCUCGGGGGCGUCGGGGGCGGAGCGCGGCGAGCAGCCCCUGCCCUUGUGGUGCAGCCACGUGGCCCGGCUGGUGCGCAGCCUGUCCCUGCUGCUGAAGGGCAUGAACGGGCUGGUGCAGGGCGAGGAGCGGCCCCCGCCCGAGAGCCACGGGGAGGCCCCCGCCAGCGCCCCCCGGAGCGAGGCGCAGCGCGAGAUCCGCGAGUGCGGCGUGUCGGUGCGAUCGCUGCGCGGCAACUUCGAGUCCGCCCGCGGCGCGCGCCCCGGCGUCUGCGAGCCGGGGCCGGGGCUCGGGCGCUGCCCCGGAGGCUGCGGCCCCGCGGGAGGGGCGGCCGGGCCGGGGGACGCGGGGGAGGCGGGGGCCGCGCCCGGCGCCCACCUGGCCAGCCUCCGCAAGGAGCGCAUCGUCAUGCUCUUCCUGAGCCACUGGAAGAGGUCGGCCUACGCGCCCGCCCUCGAGACGGCCGCCCGCAGGGGCCGCGAGGCCCGCCGCGCGGGGCCGCUCCCCGGGCCGCCGCCCCCGCCGCCCGGCGACGGCCCCCGGCUGGGCCGGCUGUGGCAGCAGCGGACCAUCAUCGCGCACCUGCUGGGCCACUGGAAGGCCGUCAUGGCGCACGUGCCGGCCCGGCAGCUGCGGCGGCUGAGCCGGCGGCCGCGCGGGCCGCUGUCCCCCGAGCAGUUCCUGCCCCACGUGGACGGGGCGCCCGUGCCCUACGGCCGCCUCACGCCCGACCUCUUCAUGCUGGGCUACUUCCGGCUGCUGGAGUGCGAGCUGCCGGCCGCGGAGCGCAGGAUGCGCCGCCUGCUGUGCUUCGAGGUCUUCGAGCACCUGGGCGCCCACGGCUGGGACGCGGCGCGCGCCUUCCACAAGGCGGUGACCGACGAGGUGGCCGCCGGCCGCCGCGCCUGGACCGACGGCUUCGAGGACAUCAAAGCGCGUUUCUUUGGCUCCGGCCCGGGCCCCGCCGGGGACGCGGAGCCGGGCCGCACGUCGGGCCUGACGCCCCUCGGGCCCCUGCCGCCCGCCGCCCCCGCCCCCGCCCCCGGCGGCGGCCCCGAGCCGCCCGCGCAGAGGCUGGGGCCCGGCGGCCCGCGGGGUGGCCUCAGCAGCGAGGACAUCUGCGGCUACAUCGACCGCAGCUUCGCCUUCUGGAAGGAGAAGGAGGCUGAGAUGUUCAGCUCUGGAGACUGAGCCGCGCCGCCCGGCUCUGGGGCGCGGCUUGGAAGUGGUUUUGGCUUUCUCUGCUCUCCCCCCACCCCCACCUGGUGGCCAGGUGGGCUCCGAGGCCAGGCUGGGAGACCCUGCCCCCCGGUGUGCUAAUGACCCCGUCCCGUCGCACCCCUGCAGGGUGCCGCCACCGCAGUGCGACUCAGUUUCAGAAUCGUCUCUGGACCGGGAAGCCCUGUCUGCCUCCCAGUCGGCCCUGAAGUUAGAGGCCUGGCCCGCCAGCCCCAGGCCCUCUGCCCCUUGUCCUCAGGCCGUGUCCCCUCCCCCCGGGGCCCCUCCUGCGGUGCCGAGUCACCUGCUGUCGCGCCCCUCCGUGUCUCCAGCGCUGGUGCCUCCGGCCAUGUCCACAGCCUUUGUCUGCCUCCUGGUGGUGACCUGGGCCAUGCCUUUCACCUCCCCCGCCUCUGUCCCCGUCCCUGAGGUGAGAGAGCUGGGGUUGGAGAGAACCCGAUCAAUGGGCAAGCGGCCUUCCCGCCAGGCCUUCCGGAAUCCUCUGCGUCCGAGACAUGGCUCAGGCUGGCGUGCCCGCUGGUCGGUGCAGCCCCACGACAGACUCUGCUGCGCCCGGCUCCCACCCGGGGCGCCCCCGAGCACCUGGGCCUCCUGUCCGUCCGGCUGACCGACCCCGGGCGGCGGGGCCCCACCUGCAGGCUCGGGAGAGCAGGGAACCCGUGUCUGCAGGGCGCUCUGGGCGGGGGAGGCUGGCGCCCCACCCCCAGCUGUGAGCUGCUAGAUCGAGAACAUACAGAUGGAAGGUUCUGAGGCGCAGCCACGUCUUGCGGCCCCCGGUGCCACCCACAGCCUCCUCCACGGUGCAAGGACAGGAGAUGGACGCUCCCUCAGGGGACACCCCAGGUGCUGCAGGGUGUGAGAGGGCCGGGCGCCGGGGCGCUAGGGACUGGGCGCGGAUGCGGCUUGGUCCCCGGAGGAUGGCCCGCACCCCGGCCACAGGGCCUGAGGCGAGCUGGCCCAGAGAGAAGGGGACUUGAGGGGAGGGGCAUAGCGUAGUUGUGCAGCGGCCCCAGCGGGGAGUGUGUGGGGAGGUUUCUGGAACCUUCCUCCGGGAACCCCUCCUGCAGUCACCCCCCUCCCCCCCCCGCCGGGACAGAGGUCCCUUGCAGGGUCCUCGCCUGCCUGCAGAUCCUGGAGGGCAGCAGCGCGCUGUUGGAGGGAACACAGUGCCGCCCCAGCUAGCGCAGGGGUGGGGGAAGCGGGGAGCGGCUGGCUCAGGCUCGGUGCCCUCCUGCGGA